UUUUAUUGAGGAUGAGGAGGAUCGUGCUGAUUGGGAAAACAGGAGUGGGCAAGAGCGCUGUGGGCAACACCAUCCUGGGCAGACGGGCCUUCACAUCAGAGCCCUCCUUCUCAUCUGUGACUUCUCAAUGUUUGAAAGAGACAGGAGCCGUUAAUGGCACGCCUGUCGCUGUGAUAGACACUCCAGGAAUAAUAGACACUACAUUUUCUGAAGGGGAGAUAGUGAAGGAGAUCGUGAGGUGUGUUCAGGUCUCAGUUCCAGGACCACACGCCUUCCUGCUGGUCAUUCAGAUCGGCCGAUUCACCGCAGAGGAGAAGAACGCAGUGGAGGCUCUGCAGGAGCUCUUCGGAGAGAAAGUUCACGAGUACAUGAUAGUCCUGUUCACCUACGGAGACAGUCUACAGGGAAGAGACAUCAAGGAGUUUGUUGACAAGGCCAGCCCAGAGCUCAGGAGUGUGAUCGAGAAGUGUGGGAACAGGUACCAUGUUUUCAACAACAGAGACCAGAGUGACCGCACUCAGGUGAGAGAGCUGCUGGACAAGAUCGACAGCAUGGUGGAAGACAACGGAGGAGCCCACUACACCCAGGAGAUGUACGAAGAGGCAGAGAAACUGAUCAGACAGAAGGAGGAGGAGCUGAGGAGAAAAUACGAGGAGGAGAGACAGAGACGGGAGGAAGAGCUGAAGAAGAAACUGCAGGAUGAGUUGUGCCAAGAGAUGGAAGAAACAACAAGAAGAGCUAUGAGAGAGAUCUGGAGAAAGUGCAGCAGGAAUUUGAGCAGCACCCUGGACAGGGGGGAGAGCGAGUCCCAGGCAGAGGGAAUGGAGCAGGGAAUGACGCAGGAAGACAUCAGGAAGAUGGCAGAGGAGCUGCAGCACUGGAACAGACAGAAGAAAUCAAACUCCAGCUCCAGAGCGUGUCUCUGGAGAGGUGCAGGUGUGACUGUAAGAUUCGUCACUGCUGGAGUUGUCUCUUCCAUUGGAAGUCCUUGCCUGUACCUUCCUGUGGAAGUCCUGCAGCACAGUGAACUGUCAUGUCCUUGUCCCACAGCAGGUCCAGCCCAUGGGCAAACUGCAGCUCUGACGCUGGUGCUGCUGGGCAAGAGAGGCUCAGGGAAGAGCUCAGCAGCAAACACCAUCCUGGGAAGAGAGGCGUUUAAAACCUUCCUCUCCUCCUGGGCUGUGACCACUGAGUGUCAGAGAGCAGAGACGCAGAUCGACGGGAGACCAGUGGCUGUGAUCGACACUCCAGACUUCUUCGACCAAGCCUGUCCUGACCCCUGGGCUCAGAUCCAGCGCUGUCUGGAUCUGUCUGCCCCAGGAGCUCACGUCUUCCUCCUGGUGCUCCAGCUGGGCCAAUUUUCUGAUGGAGAGAAGGAGAUGGUCAGACAGAUAAAGGAGAAACUUGGCUCAGGAUCAUUCAUCAUGGUUCUGUUCUCCCACGGGGACAAGCUGAGAAAUCAGACCAUUCAGCAGUUUCUCCUGAACACUGACCCUGAACUGAGGGAGCUGGUCAGGCAGUGUGGGGGCAGGUUUCACCUCUUCAACAACACAGUUGAAGGAGAUCGCUCUCAGGUGACCAGCCUGCUGGAGAAGAUCGACAUCAUGUCGGCAGUGUAUGGAGAAGACCAGUUCUCUCAUGAGAAGCUCCUCAGAACCAUUAAUAAAGUUAAGGCAGACCAAAAGGGCAGUGGUCAGCCAAGUGAGGCUCUGAAACGCAGCUGCCCUGAGCACGUCUCUCUGGUGUUGUCGUACUGUCGAGUUGAACGCUGCCCUAAGACCAUUUGUGUAGAUACGUACAGUACAGAUACUGUAGGCUCCAUGGAGGCUUAA